GAGACCGAGGUGAACGCUGGCGCCUACUCCGCUAGGAGGUGGACGGAGGCGGACGAGCAGGUCGAAGGGGCAGGAGAGGCGCAGACGGCAUUUCCAGCUGAACUACCAACUUCAAGGACAUCGACAUGGGAGGCCGUCGUCCAGUUGACUGAGGCAGUUGCCUCAUCAGCAUUGCGCUAUAUCACUCCAGCUACUGGCAAACUCAUCGACACCAUUUACAUAAAUACAAGAGAUUCCUCAUGCCUUUCUUCUUCUCAAAAUGCUGCAAGAACUAUGAAAAGUGUGAGAAAAUUAGUUAUGUAAAAACGUCAAUUUAAUACCUGAAUUUUAACAUGAUCUUUAAGUUUAUUUAUUUUAAGUUGGGUUUGAACGCCAUGUCAUGAGUGUUCACUGUCAUUUACAUAAGAGUACAUUUAAUUAAAUUUUUUAAUUAUAUUAUAAAAUGGCUUUGCUUUAACACAAUAUAUAUUUAAAAUAAUUUUUCCAAUAAAGUAAUAUAGGGUAAAGAUAUUAAAUCCAUAUUAGCCCUC